AUGCCCAUGAAAACGGUUUUCCAAAAGUUGAACCUCCAACCUGGUGAGCACAUGAAAAUAUUGGGAGAUAUUCCACCCGAUGCCAAGCACUUUCGCUUUUGCCUGGGGAAGGACGAGAUUAACUUUGCCUUGCACUUCAACCCACGCUUCAAUGCCUAUGGUGACACCAAGCUCAUCAUCUGCACCAGUCGUGAAGAUGCCAUUUGUUUCAAAUCACAAAAAGAGACCCAUUUCCCCUUUGUGCCAGGGAGCAGGGUGGAGGUUGGCAUAAUCUUUGAAGGGAGUCACUUUACCAUGAGACUGCCUGAUGGCUUUCAAUUCACUUAUCCAAAUUACUUAAACUUCAAUAAAAUCGACUUCUUUGGAAUUGGUGGUGACUUCAACCUCAAAAUGUUGGACUUCGAGUGA